UAUGACAAAUAAUUUUAUAUUUUAAAGUGCUUCAAAAUGUUUUAUUUUUAUUUUGUUAUUUGGAAGUAGAUAUCAUUUGGUUCCAUGUUCUCGAAACAAUUUUAUUUAAAAUAGCCAUGAGAUCAUGUUCCGAAGACUUUUGUUUUAUCUAUUCAUACCACUGAUUUCUGCGGUGAUACAAUCCAACAAAAGGAACUGUCCAAAGUUUUGUAAAUGUGGAUAUUAUAGACAGAACCGUUAUAUUUCUACAUGUGAUGGCAAAUUGAAUACUACAAAGUUAAAUUUUAUUCCAAAAUUUCCUUCAAAAACAGUUGAAGUUAUUUUUGUAUAUAAUCAAUUACCAAAUUUGUCAAGGAAUGCACUCAGCAAUCUAACAGAUUUAAAACUUAUAAAUUUAGAUUUGCAAGGCAAUUCAAUCAGGGUUAUUAAAAAAGAUGCUUUUUCUAAAUUCACUUCUCUUAAAAGGCUUGAUCUUUCUAGCAACAAUAUUACGGAAAAAGAUGCAAUGGACUGUUUUAAAAGUUUACCAAAAGAUAUACAAUGUUUGAGAUUAAACCAUCUUCUCUGGCAUCCAUUCGAAGGAUUAUUUGAUGGUUUAGCAAAUAGUUCGUUAACAAGGAUAGAGUUGAGCCAUAGUUACUUAACACCAUUUGAAGGAACUUGGUUUUCAGGUCUUAGCCAACUGAAGUCACUGGACAUUUCAUGGAAUUCAAUUAAAGAUUCAGAUUGUAACUUGACUGGACUUUCUAACAUACGCGAUUUAAACUUGGCUGGCAACUGGUUUAAUAUCAUUCCAGAUUUUUGUCAGUUUGGUUUAUACAGUAUUGCAAAUUUACAACUGUCUGAAACAAAGCUAUAUACCAUUAAUCAUUUAAGAAACUAUUCUUCGUGUCUGCAAAAUCUUAAGAAGUUACACUUGAGUGGACUUUCAAUAAGGAUAAUACCAACAAACAUAUUUUCUAAUCUCAAAUCUUUACAGGACCUUACAAUGAAGCAGAUGUCUACACAAUUUAAAAAGAUUCAUCAAUACGCCUUCAAUAGUUCUUCUUUACAAAGUUUAACAUUCUGGCGAGCAGACGGUUUUCUGUUUACCUCGAGAUCGGUAAAUCAAAGACUGUUUCAUCCUGAUUCAUUUUUUGAAUACUGUAAAAAUAUUAAAGAACUUGAUUUAUCUAAUAAUAAAAUAGAUUUGAUAUCAAAUAGAAUCAGAUCCAUGUUCAAACCUCUGAAAAAACUUAGGAAAUUAUGGAUGGAAUCAAUAUCUCUAUCAUACAUGCCGAAAUACUUUUUACCGCUAUUUCCAUUACUGAAAUUAAUUUCAUUCGAGAACAAUCGAAUUAACCCUUGGAAUUAUGGCCAUUCUGUGUUUAAUGGUGUUCGAAAUUUGAAGAUAGUUAAUCUAAGGAGCAAUAAGAUCGGAAUGAUUUAUGAUACAUCUUUUCCGCUGGCUCUUUUGAACAACCUGACCACAAUAAACCUCAUGUUUAAUCGGUUUAGCUGCACUUGUGACCUUCAGUGGUUUAGGAAUUGGAUGAAACAUACUCGUGUAAAUAUUACUGGAAAUAAUACUUACAAAUGUGAUACUGGCAAAACGAAGGUAGUUGAUUACAAUCCAGACUUUAUAGAAUGCCACAUUUUGUCAAUUUCCUUAUCAAUCGGAUUUGGCGUCGCUUUAAUUUUGAUCGUAACUAUAACCGGUUAUAUCUGUCGGUGGCGUUUCCGAUUCCAGUUGUACAAACUUCGUUCACUCCGCAAACAGUACAAAGAACUUGUCAACAGAGAGGAUUUCGUAUAUUCUGCGUACGUAGUUUAUUGCUACGAAGAUUUCACAUGGGUAAAAAGAAGCCUCAUUCAAGAAAUAGAAGAGGAGCAAGGUUAUAAGUUAUGUAUUCCACACAGGGACUUUGAAUUAGGAAAAGUAUUUGCAGAUAACAUUGUUGAACAUAUGCAUUUGAGUGAAACAGUAAUACUUGUUCUUUCUAAUAAUUUUGCAAAAAAUGAGUGGUGCUUAUUUCAGCUUGCUGUUGCUAAAAACAAAUUAACUAAACUUGGGAAAUUAUCCAUAUUUCUUGUGUUACUCGAAGAAAUAGAAUUUAAGAACAUGAAUUCUGCGCUAUAUCACCUUCUGAAAAUGUCAAGCUAUGCAGCAUGGGACGAUGAUGACAAUGCGCAGAAACUUUUCUGGGAUCAAAUAAGAGACCACCUUAGUUGAACUGUUGGUGUUUUUAUCAAAUGGAGUAUUUGGGAGUACGAGCUUUCCUGAUUCAAGAUAAAAUAAAAUUAUUGAUGAAAUAAUAAUGCUAAAAAUAAAAAUGUUUCAUAAUCCUAAAAUACUAUCUGAAUUCGAUUGUAAAUAAAUGUACACAUCUUACAUAGUCAUUUAUCAUAGUAGUAAUUAUAUGUGCAUGUUUUCAAGAAAAUAUUAUUAUAUGAUAUAGGCGAAUCCUUCAUCUGACCUACGAAAUAGUCUGCCGAUGGGGUAUCUAAGCAUUUUGGACGACUGGGGUGCAAAAGAACACAUCAUUUAUAAGUAAGAGAAAAAAAAACUGCUAUGCUGAAAAUUAGAACUAGAAUUUUAAUUCUUUCCUUUCUUCCCUGUUAUUGAAGUAGUUCAGAGCUCGUCGAAGGUUUUAGGUUAAUUUAUAGAACUAUCUUUUUUCUUUUAUUGCAUUUAAAACUACUAAUUUGGCUUUUCGUGUACACAUCGUAUGUUGAUUAAAGUUAUGAAUUUUUGUCCUA